ACGAGUACGAAACUCCGGUUGUGGUUGUCGUGGCCCCAGCUUUAUAGAUGUUCUCGUCUGCGAUUUAUAAUUAAAUCACAGUAACUCGGAACACAGAGAGAGAGAGAGAGAGAGAGGAAAUAAAAACGAAAAAUAAAAACAAAUAAAAACAGAAACUAAAACAUAACAGCCCCCGCAAAAAAAUCAAGAGAAGUCCCUAAAAAAAUAACCAACUGCAGCUUUCGAGCAUCAUUUUUAUUGACAUUCAUCUUAGUCGCCUGUCCGCCUGUCGCCUGUCACUGUCCCCAAAUCCCUGGCCCCCGGAUAACCACCGACUAAGCCCCCGGUACUCACCCGUCGUGGUCGUCGUGUGUCGCGUGUUGCAAGUGCGUGGGUCCCAUCAAAUCACUGGAUAUAUCAGCCGUACCGACACGCGCGCCGUUUUUGAUUUUUCGCUUAGCGGCACAAAAAUUGGGUCUCCCCAAAAAAAGAGCAAAAAUCGAAAAAAUCUACGGGAGUAUAUACAGUGCAGAGGCAGCUCGUGUCGCCUCUUGGAUUCUACAGACACAAGCCGCCGCCGACUCUGUGUAUACAUUGUGUUUAAUGCAUUUCCCAGAUAUGUAAAUCAUGCCGAAAUUCUAUUGGAAUUUUUGUCAACGCCAGUGAAUUUGGUAAACAGCCGUAGCAGGAGUAGGAGCAGCCGUUCGCCAGGAUAACCCAGCAUCGUCCUGCGAAGGAGCCACGACCAAGACAGCUUGGUCUGAGACCGUCUCACGGGGUCAUCCAUCCCAGUUGUUGAACACUAUUUAAGAAUCUUGAAAAGAAGGAUACCAGCAGCAUCAGCAACAGCAGCAGCAACGACCAACUUUCCACUCGAAGCAAAUUAAAAGAAAGGAAAAGAAAAGAAAGGACUCCGUGUCGAACUUGCAGGACGACUGGGCGACAGGACGAGGGCAAAAUCAAUACUGGCAAAGUGUGGCCAAAGUGCUGAGUAAUGUGGAGUAAUGGAGACCUUUUUGCUGGCGGCGGCAACAUGAUGUGAAACAUGGCAAUCGAAUCAACCGAAGCCAUUUAGGGUCAUCAAUUUCCAGGGUCGUGGAAAUCGAAGGAACGAAGCCAUAUGCACCGCAACAUGGAGCGUAGGAGGAGCCCAGGGAGCCCAAGGAGCAGGAGCAGGACACCGAUGGCUCUGCCAGUCUGCUGGCUACUCCUCUGCCUGGUGGCCUGGACCUGGGCGGACGACUGGUCGCUGAGCUGCGCCUCAAACUGCACCUGCAAGUGGACCAAUGGCAAGAAGUCGGCCAUCUGCAGCUCCCUGCAGCUGACCACCAUUCCGAACACGCUGAGCACCGAGCUCCAGGUGCUGGUGCUGAAUGACAACCACAUACCGUACCUCAACCGUGAGGAGUUCUCCGCGCUGGGCUUGCUGAACCUGCAGAGGAUCUACCUCAAGAAGUCGGAGGUUGCGUACAUACACAAGGAGUCCUUUCGCAAUCUGAAGAUCCUGGUGGAGAUCGAUUUGUCGGACAACAAGCUGGAAAUGCUCGACAAGGACACAUUCAUGGGAAAUGACAGGCUGAGGAUCCUGUAUCUGAAUGGGAAUCCCCUGAAGCGCUUGGCCGCCUACCAAUUUCCCAUUCUGCCCCACCUGCGGACCCUGGACAUGCACGACUGCCUGAUAUCCUAUAUAGACCCCAUGUCGCUGGCCAACCUCAACCUGCUGGAGUUCCUUAACCUGAAGAACAACCUGCUGGAGAGCCUCAGCGAAUACGUGUUCCAGCACAUGGCCAACCUGAAGACCCUGUCGCUGGAGGAGAAUCCCUGGCAGUGCAACUGCAAGCUGCGCAAGUUCCGGGGCUGGUACGUCAACAGCCGCCUAAGCUCGGUGAGUCUGGUGUGCAAGGGUCCACCGGCGCAGAAGGAUCGCACCUGGGACAGUGUCGACGACGAGCUGUUCGGCUGUCCUCCGCGCGUGGAGAUCUUCAACAAUGAGGAGGUACAGAAUAUAGACAUUGGGAGCAACACCACUUUUAGCUGCCUGGUUUACGGGGAUCCGCUGCCCGAAGUGGCCUGGGAGCUGAAUGGCAAGAUCCUGGACAACGACAAUGUGCUCUUCGACACGGAGAGCAUCGCCUCGGACAAACUGUGGAGCAACCUCACCGUGUUCAAUGUGACCAGCCUGGACGCGGGCACCUACGCCUGCACGGGGUCUAAUAGCAUCGGGAGCAUGACCCAGAACAUCAGCAUCUAUCUCAGCGAGAUAGUGCAGCAUGUGCUGGAGAAGACGCCGGAGACAUUCUGGUACUUUGGCCUUAUUAUGGGCAUCUUUGGCACCGUCUUCCUCCUCAUAUCUAUAUCCUUUGUGGUCUGCCUGUGCAAGAGGACCACCCGGCAGCAUCGGCAUGCCAACAAGGCGGGAGUCAAGUCCAGCGUGAGCUUCAACGAUCAGGAGAAGAAGCUCCUGGACUCGAGUGUCACGACCACUACGAACGAUCGCGGCGACAGCUAUGGCAUCGACAACCAACCCACGUCCAUGGGCAUGAACAAGGCGGAAUCGGCUGGGAUGGGCUUCAACCAGAUCGAGAUCCAUGCGGUGGAAAGCCAUCGUCAUGGCAGCAUGUUGGUGCAGCAACAGCAACAGCAUCCCCAGUCGCAGCAACAACACCAGCUCCAGCAGCAGCACCAACAGCAGCAGCAACAGCAGCAGCAGCAGGUGUCGCGCCAGCAGCUAAUGGCCACGGUGAAGGAUCCCACCUGCGGCGGCAUGAUAAGCGUGCCCACCUCAAUGGCCGGCCAUGCCCACACGCAUCCCGCUCAGAUCUCCGAGGAGUUUCCACUGAACGUGGGCGUCUUUCCGCCGCCGCCCGAGUUCUGCUCGAACAUUGUACCGAAUCCCGCCUUUGGCGGCAACAUCUUCAUCCGUGUCUCGGUAACCCAGGACAUGCUGGAUGGCGCCGAUCUCAACAUGUAUCCGGAUUUGCUGAACAUACCCAAGAGGCUGCAGGAUGUGCAGGAGACGGGAGCGGGUACCAUGGCCGUGCCGGAGGGUCAAUUUGCCACGCUGCCCAGGCAUGCGGCCAGGCGGGGAAUCCUGAAAAAAGACUCUUCUCUGCAGCAGCAGAUGCAGAUGCAACAACAGCAGCAUCAACAGCAACAGCAGUUGCAGCAGCAACUCCAGCAGCAACUCCAGCAGCAGCAGCAACAACACCAACUCUAUCCCCAUGACGAGAUCGUGACCUACAACCUGGAGGCCAGCGGCUACGAGCCCCACCAGUCGGCGGUGUACCACGGCAAUGCCAUGGAGCUGCCACCGCCACCGCCGCCGCCCUCGGUCACAGCGGUGGUGCAGUGCCAUCAUCCGAAUCCCAGCCAGAAUACCGCUCUCUCGGCGGCCAGUUGUGCCAGCUGCAUCAACAAUGCCGGCGGUCCGCCGUUGCAGCAGCCGACGAACUCUUCUGGUGCCUGCCAGACGCCGCCCAUUGGUGAGGUGACGCCGCUGAGGCCACUGGACAGCUCCGCUUAUCCCAAGUACGACAACAUGGGUCGCCGGAUUACAGCCAGCGGAGGACUGGGCGGCUCCACGCUCUCCCUGCACGACGAGGAGCGGUACGAGAGCGAAACUCUGUUCAAUGAGGCGGAGAAGCAGCCCAGUGGCAUGCCAGAGCAGAUGCAGGAGCAGCAGGAGUCUUCCCAGAGCCAGGAUAAAGGCGGCGGUCCUGGCGAGUUUGUGUCGCUUUAGUAUUACGGAACCCAGGUGUAAAUAGGUCAAUAGAUUCGUGAACAGUCCCCCCAAACCUAACUCACAAGAAAGAUCCCUCGAAAUCCUAGGCAAUCGUUUUGUUCAUAUCAGUUUGAGAAGCGAGUGCUAUGAAUGCUCUAAGUAAUACAUAAAUAAUUACUUAAAUAAUUAAAUCAAUAAUUAAAUAGUGAAGCCAAACAAGACACAUUCUAUUAACUGCCACAGGACCCUGAAAAAAACUCAAGAACUAAAGAGCAAUUAAAGCAGAAUCAAAAGAAAUUAGGGGAGGACUCUUUGGGGUUUUCAUUUUCAUAGAUUUUCAGUAUUCUUAAAUGGAAAAUUAUUUAAAAUGGGUAUUAAAUGUUUACCUUUAUAAAAGUAUUUUCUUGUGUUUUAUAAAUGUAAACGAAGCUCAUAUAUUUGGUUCCA